AUGGUAGAUCAAGGAAGCACACCGAACAUUAAGAAACGUCGAACCAACGCCGCGCAGCCGCCACUUGGACAGAGGCAGGGCCAAAAUCCUGCUUCUAGACAGCGUCAACAAGAUGGUGGAAUCAGUCAACAAGAUACCCUUGGAGGAGCACAGGCGGUGAGUCUGCCAACUCAACCAAGACCGGUGCAGCACCCUCUUGGAGGUACCUUUGCAGGACCGGCGGGCCGAUGGAGACAGUACACUCCCAGGGAAGUCGACGCAUACCACGGUUUGCUGGCGCUUCGAUACGGACCGAUGGUCGAGUUUCCACGAAGUGAGAAUCCAAACCUCACCGUGAACCCAAGCCUUACCAUGUCCUCCCUACCCGGGUUGGUGGUGGGUUCGGAUAACACAAGUGAGAAUCAACCUGCGGGGAGCAAGGACAACAGAACUGUCGCCGUGGCCAACAUGAGACCACCGCCUGCAGGGGCUGCCAACCAUCAACCACAGACUGGAUCUUUGAAACGAACGCAACGCGACUCCGACAACGAAACCCAGGACAGUGGCAACGGCAGGAAAAGACCCAGACCGCCACCGAAGAGAUAUUCCUGCUACUUGUGCGAGUACACCGCGCUCGGCGUGACGUAUGUGUCUCGACACCUGCAGAACAAGCAUGACGUGGCCUCAGAUCAGAUAGAUCAGGUCCGCAUUCGAGCCUCCGAGGUGCAGUGUUUGUGGUAG